CCCUCCCUACACACACGAACAGAAUCAAAGACAGAACAAAUACUCGCCAUCUCGAGGCUCAUGCACAGCGAUCCAACAUGAGAGACACGCCUACAGUGCUUUACUCGCUGCCCGCUGAGCUGCUCCUGCUGAUCUUCUCCUAUUUCAUACCAUCCCUCGAAAGCACGAUCGGCAACACAGAAUACGAGACGAAUCACGGCCAACUACCACUCUUCUCCAUCCGUUAUACAUGCCGAUACUUCUUUUCUUUAUCAGAGCGUCUCAUUGAGAAUGGCCACUUUUACAACCACCGCUCGUAUCUGCAACUCAUGAAUGCGAAACCGGAGUUGUGGGCAAAGGUCAAAUCCGCUGUUUUGCAAACUCACCAUAGCCCCACGAGAGACGAACGGUUCUGCUCACAUCUGGAUGCUAAACUCGUAUUGUCAAAACAACAUUUCCGCUGGCCUGCUGAUGAGGAAUUCGAAUCUGAUGAACUAGAGAAAGACAACAGACCUGGUGAACCAUGUCGCGAAUACAACCACGAGAGAGCUGCUCUGCUCGCUUUGAUGCCCAACCUCGAAGAACUGAUGUUCUUCUCUGGUCCAGAUGAAGACAAUCAGCGCUCCCGCUGGGGUGACAACCGAGUCACGUGUGCCUUUGAACCCUUUCAUCAGCUCAUGGAAUUUCGCGGGAGUCAACAUUUCCAACAUCUAAAAUCUAUCAGACUUGAUAUGAGGCGUCUAGAUGUUCACGAUCUCGAGCCAAUCUUUGACAUACCCUCGAUGCGGCAACUUUCUCUAUUCAGGGAUCGGAAAUAUCGACACGGUGAGCCGUUCUCAUCGGACUUCUCACCAGUACCCAGGUAUCAUCACUUUCCGGUCCAUCAACACUGUUCAAACAUUCAUACACUUGAACUGCAGUUCAUAAAGUACCCUCAUAGAAUCAUUGAGCGCCUGAUAGGGUUUUGUAAGGCACUAAUAUCUUUUACUACGGAAGAUGUAUACACACAACGGGCCAGAGAAUUUGUUUACGAUAUAAACACACAGCCGCUCAGAAACUUUGCCUACGCUGAUAUAUUGAAGUAUCUCUCAAGGAAACACCAACAUACACUGCAAAGGCUCUGCAUCAAAGAAACAAAAGCACCCGUCUAUGAUCUUGCAGAUGGGUCUAUCAUUGUCACGUUGAAUCGAUUUGAGAAAUUGCAGCAUCUCCAGAUUCCGUGUCUCUUCAUGGUUCCAGCUGACGUCUGGUAUAACCGUCACUUGAAUGACAAGAUCCAGGUUCCCGAUGAUUCAUGGAUACUGCAGUUUCCAAAGCAAACACAAGAAGUCAUUCUGCAACUUUACAAAGCCAACGACAACGGCUUGGGCAAGUACGCACUCCUAGCCGCACUAGAUGAACGAUGUUCCCCCGCGAAUCCUACGCGACUCGAAAAGCUCCACAUCAUAGAGUAUAGGUGUCCGUUGGCGGCGGGCUUUAAAACCCUUGACUUAGAAGCUCUGGAACGAAAAUGCAAAUUACACAACGUUCAUUUUCAAUAUGAGAUACAAUUCCACGGCGUUAAUAAGGAUGUGCUGGUCAAGAAGGUCGCCCCAGCAAUUCUGGAGCAGCCAAACGGGGAAUAUAUGUUAGACCGUACGUUCUACUACGAGCAGCUUUGGCAAUGCGACAUCCCGAAAAAGAGAAUAUUAAGAAUGCUUGUUGAGCAACAGCGGCACAUGUUGUUGGGGCCGUCUUGA